AUGAGUCCUCUUCGUCACAGCGUUAUUGUUCGAGCGGCCGAGACAACUGCAGAGUCCUCGACCGCACCGCUAAUAACGGGGCCGUAUCCCCCUCUCACUCAACCAGGAAAAUCGCUUAUUGCCGUUUCCGUCAUCAUGGUGUUUUUCACCACGGCUUGGACGGUGAUGCGCAUCAUCUCCCGCAACAUCAGGAAAUCCCAGUAUUACAUCGAGGAUUACUUUUACUUUGUCGGUCAGAUCCUGUACUAUGUAUUAGCCGCCCUAUUCAUCCUCGUCGUCGUCGACGGCGGUGCUGGACAUGACUUGGUCCGACUUGCCCCAGACGUUUCAAGCAAAUUCUCGCGCUUCACACUCGCAAUCCAAGUGGCCUAUAGCAUCUGCCUGUGCUUCAUCAAGGUGGCCGUUAUCUGCAUGAUCCGGCGAAUCUUCCGCACGGCUGGUCGAUUCUUCGUCAUGGCGACUUGGGCAGCGACGGUCCUGUCUGUUAUCUGGGCCUUGUAUGGAAUCAUCCUCCCGUUUGUCCUCUGCAAGCCCGUGGAAAGCGCUUGGGGGGCUGCCAGGCCGGAAAAGUGCGGUGACAUCGUCAUGGCACAUGUAGCCGUUGCUGUCUUGGAUAUCGUUUCUGAGGUGGCCAUCGUGGCACUGCCGAUGAAGAUGGUAUAUAACUUGCAUAUGAAUCGGGCACACAAGUUGGCAAUGGUUGCUGUUUUUGGGGCUGGUUUUGUCACCAUCAUCUUCUCAUGUGUGCGGCUCUACUACAUCUACAUUGGCAUUCAAAACAUAUCCAAAAUCUCCACCGGAGGAUCCAUCAGCACCGCACUCCAAGCUGGAAUCGCCAUCAUGGUGGCAUCGAGCCCCAUGCUCCGCCCCAUAUUCGACCGCACUGCUCUCAAAUGGCUUGGAAUCAGUCUCCGCAGUACCCGGGAGGAGAGCACUGGCGGAGCCGUCAGAUCACGAGCUACAGGCGGUGGUGGAACAAGGAGAACGAGCCAGGGACCGUCACAUACCCGGCCCGGUGGCUUCCAGCAAAUGCAUGAGAGCGAGGAACAUCUGGCGUGGGAGAUGGCCACAAUGAAUGGGAAGUUUAAUGGGUAA